UCUGAUGAUCCAGCAAAAGCAAAAGCAAAAGCCCAAACCAUCAUAAUCAAAUCGGAUUCGGGUCAAAACACUCCCUGCCCGACUGCCCCUGAAAAAUAGAUCCCGCGGUCGCCAACCUAAUCGCGAUAGCCAAACAAGACCGAUACACACACAAAAUAAUGCAGAAGCGGGACCUGAACAAGUCCGGUGGCUCAGGGGGCGGAUCAGCAGCCCCAGCACCUAAGAGAGGGCGCCCCUUCGGCAGCACAAGCGGCAGCGCCGCCGCCUCAUCUGCUGCAGAUUCUGUAGCACCGUCCACUCUCCUCGGUCCUUCACUUCAAGUUCACACCUCAUUCGCCGCUUCAGAUCAGAAUAAUAAAAGAAUAGUACUGGCACUUCAAAGUGGAUUGAAGAGCGAGUUAACAUGGGCACUCAACACUCUCACAUUGCUUUCUUUCAAAGAAAAAGAAGACAUGCGCAAAGACUCUCUCGCUAAAAUAUCUGGCUUGCUUGAUGCUCUUCUUCAAGUCAUAGAUGACUGGCGUGAUAUUGCGCUUCCCAAAGAACUCCAGAAGACUCGUAGAGUAAGAACGUUAGGUUCUAAUUCGCUUGUUACAGGAUUUGGUUACGAGUACGAGGCAUUGGGAUCAAAUGACAAUGUCAAGCAAUCUGGAUUGACGGAUGCUUCUGUGCAAAAGAAUGUAGCCAAAUUUCGUCCUUCAGAGUGGUGGUAUGACGAGGAUGGUUUGUUUAAUUUAGAUGAUGAAGGGAGGGCAGAGAAGCAGCAGUGUGCUGUGGCUGCUUCAAAUAUCAUACGCAAUUUCUCUUUCAUGCCAGAGAAUGAAGUUAUUAUGGCUGCAAAUCGGCAUUGCUUGGAAACAGUGUUCCAGUGCAUAGAGGAUCACAGUACUGAGGAUGAGGAACUUGUUACGAAUGCCCUCGAGACAAUUGUAAAUUUGGCUCCGUUGCUUGAUCUCCGAAUUUUUAGCUCCUCAAAGCCAUCUUACAUCAAAAUAACAGAAAAACGUGCAGUACAAGCAAUCAUGGGGAUGCUGGGAUCUGCAAUUAAAGCCUGGCACUGUGCAGCUGCUGAAUUACUAGGGCGUUUGAUUAUAAAUCCUGACAAUGAACCUUUCCUUCUUCCCUUUUUCCCACAGAUACACAAGCGUUUAGUAGAUCUUAUGAGCUCACCUGCACUUGAUGCCCAGGCAGCUGCUGUAGGCGCUCUUUAUAACCUUGCAGAAGUUAAUAUGGACUGCAGAUUGAAGCUUGCUAGUGAGCGAUGGGCAGUUGAUCGAUUGCUUAGAGUGAUUCGGGCGCCACAUCCUGUACCAGAAGUUUGUCGGAAAGCGGCGAUGAUAUUGGAGAGUCUGGUCUCCGAGCCACAAAACAAGGCUUUGCUACUAGCUUACGAGAAUGCAUUUGCUGAGAUUCUCUUCUCAGAUACAAGAUAUUCGGAUACAUUUGCCAGAAUAUUGUAUGAACUGACGUCCAGACCAAGUAACAAAUUCACAGCAGCUCGUGGUGUUUGGGGCAUGUGAUUGGAAACCGGCAUCAUUUAUAGCUGAUCCAGCUCCGAGCUGCCAGAAUGUUGUAUUGAAACUUUUUUCAGCUUAAUGUACUAAAGCUUGAUUAAGACUUGGAUUUUGUAGUUGCCUACUUGCAUUUAGGGUUCUUCACUUUAUAAUCGGAUUGAUGCCUUCACAUCCUUGUAGUCUUUAUUUUGUAUUUAAAAGUAUUUCUGCUAUUUUGUUUUA